AUGGCAAAGCCAGUUUGUAUCGGUGAUUUCGAGGAACUUGCGAAGAAAGUCUUGCCACAAUACGCCUACGAUUUCUACGCUUCAGGGGCCGAAGAGGAAUUCACGUUGAAGGAAAAUUGUCAAGCAUACAACAAGUUACGUAUAAGACCUCGUAUCCUGUGUGGAAUAUCUGAUGUGGACUUGUCAUUGUCCUUAUAUGGAGAGAAAAUCAGCAUACCUAUUUGUAUUGCUCCUGUCGGGAUACAAGCCAUGGCAAACCCUAUGGCAGAAAAGGCCAGUGCACAAGCCGCACAAGAUACAAAAACUUGCAUGGUUGUUAGUUGUAUGGCAUCAGCCACCAUUGAAGAUAUUGCAAACACAGCACCAAAUGGUUUACAUUGGCUUCAAAUGUACAUCUUCCAGGAUCGUGAAUUUACAAAGAGCCUUAUUAAGCGUGCAGAGGACAGUGGUUACAAAGCAAUCGUUUUUACAGUUGAUGCCAUAAUCCAUGGUCGGCGAUGGCGCGAUUUAAGAAAUCAAGCUGUUUUAGUGCCACAUUUGAAGUUUGGUAAUGUUGAAGGACCGAAUACUGAUGACUAUGCUGUGAACGUGAAAUCUAUCAUUGAACAGGCAAUUGACUGGAAUUCAUUUGCCUGGCUGAAAAGUGUUACCAAGCUACCUGUUCUGAUAAAAGGGAUAUUGACUGCAGAGGAUGCUAAACUAGCUGUUGAGCAUGGUGUUAAUGGAAUAAUUGUGUCCAAUCAUGGAGGCCGACAACUGGAUGGAGUGCCAGCAACUAUUGAUGCUCUCCCAGAAGUAGUAAAGGCUGUUGAAGGGAAAGUUGACGUUUUUGUUGACGGAGGAAUAAGACAUGGUACUGACGUACUCAAAGCGUUGGCACUUGGAGCACGGGCUGUGUUCAUUGGGAGACCUGUGGUGUGGGGUUUAGCAUACCAAGGAAAGCAAGGUGUGUCAGAUGUUCUACACAUGCUAAAAGAAGAAUUGAAAAUUGCCAUGAUAGUAGCAGGAUGUGGAAGAUUGUCAGAUAUCAAACCAUCCUUGGUUGUGAAAGAAUCUUUUUAUUCUCAUCUGCCGUAA